UACGUGCCAUCAUCGAGCGGCGAGACGCUUUCUAUCUUCUCGCCGAACGAUGACAGUCUCGUCACGGACAAGGUUCAAGUUGCCUCGGAGCAGGAUGUUGACAGCUGCGUUGCCGCCGCCAGAGCUGCGUUCCCAGCCUGGAGAGAUACUGCUGGUCAUAAGAGAGCUGCCAUCAUGCUGAAGUUCGCCGAUCUGUUGGAGGCGAAUAUUGAGAAGUUGGCCAAACUUGAAAGUGCGGCAAUGGGUCAGCCCAUCUCCGUGGCGAAGAAGUUCAUCUUGGGUCCAAUUGCUCUUUGGCGGUACUAUGCUGGCUACGCUGGUAAAGUCGCGGGUGAGAGUUAUCCUCCGGACGAGGACGGAACAUACAAGAUCGUAUCUUAUGAACCGCUCGGGGUCUGUGCCGGCAUUUGUGCUUGGAAUGGCAGCCAUGUAUUGGCUGCGUGGAAAAUGGCUCCCGCGAUGGCUACUGGCAACACGUUCAUCUUGAAGUCGUCGGAGAAGUCGCCUCUUUCUCUCGCCGCCUAUGGAAACUUAAUCAAUGAGGCUGGGUUCCCUCCUGGCGUGAUCAACAUCAUCACCGGAGCUGGCCCGACUGGCUCCUUGCUAGCAAGCCACAUGAAGAUUGACAAGAUUGCUUUCACAGGAUCCUCGGUCGCUGGACGAGCAGUCAUGGCCGCUGCAGCCAAGAGCAACCUCAAGCACGUCUCUCUCGAGCUGGGUGGGAAGUCGCCAGCUUUGAUUUUCGACGAUGCCGACUUGGACAAUGCCGUGGAGCACAGCUCAACUUCAUUCCUACGAAACUCGGGACAGAUCUGUUUUGCCGCGAGCCGUGUCCUUGUCCAGGAGAACAUUGCUCCCAAGUUCAUCGAAGCCGUCAAGACUGCAUUCGAGAAUGCGGCGAAGCUGAUGGGAGAUCCAAACCUGGAAGAGACGGCGUUCGGACCACUCGCCGACAAGAAGCAAUUCGAGCGGGUCAUGAGCUUCCUCGAUGGCGCCAAACAAGAGGGCGUUCAAGUCCUUGUUGGUGGCGAGCGCAAGGGUGACAAGGGCACAUUUGUCACGCCAACGAUCUUCCUCAAUCCGGAUCUAAACAGCAAGGUCUAUACAGACGAAAUCUUUGGUCCCGCAAUCAGCAUCAAGACCUUCAAGACCGAAGACGAGGCUAUCGAGAUGGCCAACAACACAUCCUACGGGCUUGGCUCAACCAUCUACACAUCCGACAUUGCUCGUGCUCUUCGGAUUGCAAGCAAACUCGAGGCCGGUACCGUGGGUAUCAACUCAGCGUUCGCAACCUCUCCGCAGACGCCGUUUGGUGGCUUCAAGCAGUCUGGAUAUGGGAGGGAGUCCGGAAUCGAGGGCCUGAAGAACUACCUCCAACCGAAGACGAUCCAUGUGAACAUGAACGUGCCGGCAAAGAAGUGA